UGGUGGGCUUUGGGCUGGACCCUGACCUUCAGAUGGACAUUGUCACAGAACUUGACCUUGUGAACACCACCCUCGGAGUCACUCAGGUGGCCGGACUGCACAACGCCAGCAAAGCAUUUCUGUUUCAAGACUCAGAGAGAGAGAUCCACGCGGCCCCUCAUGUGAGUGAGAAGCUAAUCCAGUUGUUUCGGAAUAAGAGUGAAUUCACCUUUUUGGCUACAGUGCAGCAGAAGCCUUCGACUUCUGGAGUGAUUCUGUCCAUCCGGGAACUGGAACGCAGCUAUUUUGAACUGGAGAGCAGCGGCCUGAGGGAUGAGAUCCGCUACCAUUAUAUGCAUCGUGGGAAGCCCAGGACGGAGGCCCUUCCCUACCGCAUGGCUGACGGACAGUGGCAUAAGGUUGCGCUGUCAGUGAGUGCUUCUCACCUCCUUCUCCACGUGGACUGUAAUAGGAUCUAUGAGCGUGUGAUAGACCCUCCAGAGACCAACCUUCCUCCAGGAAGCAAUUUAUGGCUUGGUCAACGCAGCCAAAAGCAUGGCUUCUUCAAAAUUAAUGCACUUCAUGCUAAAACAACUCUGAAGGAGAGCCCAGGUUUACCCGAGGGGCACGUAGCUCACUAUGUUGUGCGACUCUUGAGUAAGACACUCAGCUUUGGCCCUGCUAGGCGAUUCAGGGUGUAA